AUGGCUGGCCGCUACGAACGAGUACGUCAGACAUUCGAUGCGAUCUCGCCAGCGCCUUGUAUUAACGUGCUCUAUCAGGUCAACGUCCAGGACGAGGAAGACGCCCGCCCACCCCAACACAGCCUCGGCCACGCAGCUGUUCCCAACUCGCCACCACCGUCGUUUCGCUCCCGCGCCUCGUCCCGCACGCGGCGGAACCAGGUCGACUCGGACCUCGCCGACGCCUUUGACAGCGACAAUGAUAGCGACGACGAGACGGACGAUCGACAGCGUCUAGUACGCCAGGUGGCAGCGACGCCAGCGACGACGGCUAGUGGGAGCACGUCGCCGGCACCAGUCGCACCGUACACGCCGCCGUCGGCAGCAUCGGCGUCGGCGACGACAAGGGGGCGCGUUGUUGGCGGCGGCGUCGGCACCGAUGGCGUGUUUGCCAACAUGUCGGCGCGGCCAGAGCGAGAGGCGGCCGUUGAGAAGGAAGAGAUGCCACCGACAUAUGAGCAAGCCGCAGCAGACUCUGCGCCCCCGUACUGGGAAACGACGAUUCUGGCCCCCGGCCUCGGCGGGCUCGACGAGGUCUACGUCGACGGCAUGCCUGUCGGCUCCGUCUUUUCGUUCAUUUGGAACGGCAUGAUUUCAACCUCAUUCCAACUCGUCGGCUUCCUGCUGACGUACCUGCUGCACUCGACGCACGCAGCCAAAAACGGCUCCCGCGCCGGCCUCGGCAUCACGCUCAUCCAGUACGGCUUCUAUAUGAAAGGCACAGCGGACGGCGAGCCCCCCGCCAUGGGCGGCGGUGGCCCUGACGGCUACGCCGAGCCCCAGGACCCGAACGCGCACGAUUUUCAGCCUGGCGACGUCGCCGGCGGCAGCGGAUCGGUAGACUUUUCGGGCGGCGCGUGGAUGGCAUACGCCCUGAUGAUUGUCGGCUGGUUCAUCCUUAUCAAGAGUGUGGCCGACUUUUUGCAAGCCCGUCGCCACGAGCAGCUCGUCAUGCAGAGCCCGGAUCGCGGGCUCGGCGUGCCUGUCAUUGCCGAGGGCGAGUCGUCGGAGCGCGUGGUCUGA